AUGAAGACCGCUGCCGUCCUUUCCGCCCUCGUGGCCCUCGCCGCCGCCGCCGCCGAGCUCAAGAUUGAAGUCACCCACAAGGUCGACUGCGACCGCAAGACCAAGAAGGGCGACAAGGUCUCGAUGCACUACCGCGGCACCCUCGCCGCCGACGGCUCGCAGUUUGACGCCAGUUAUGACCGUGGUACCCCGCUCGACUUCAAGGUCGGCGCCGGCCAGGGUCUGCUGGACAUGUGCAUUGGCGAAAAGAGAACUCUCACCAUCCCGCCCGAGUACGGCUACGGCGACCGCGGCGUCGGCCCCAUCCCCGGCGGCGCCACCCUCAUCUUUGAGACCGAACUCGUUGGCAUUGCCGGCGUAGAGGCCCCCAAGCCGGCCCCCGCCGCCGACGACGCCGCGCCCGAGGGCAAGGACGACGACAAGGCCGCCAAGAAGGAGGAGCUGUAA